CUGAGCUGGGAAGCGGGACCCUUGGGAAGAGGGACCCUUGGGAAGAGGGUAGGAUUUUCUCCCCCAACAGGAAGGUCACACACAGGCCUUCCCCGGUGGAACCAUCGGGGCUGUGCCCCCGAAGGAGUGCUGGGGGCGCCUGCGAGGUGAGGACCUCCUGCCUCCCCCACUCACUCACCUCACAGGUGCACAGGCAUUUAUGCUGUUGAUUUAAUUAAAUACCAUUUUCUAGUAUAUUACAUGUUUAUUGUUUUAAAAUGGGAAAAAUCCAAACGGGAAAAGGAUAAGGAAGAAAGUAAAGUCACCCCACUCAGAGAGAACCACUAAAAAUAUUUUGGUCUAUUUCCUGCUUGGCUUUUUCCUACACACACUUUUUGGCGCCUUAAAUCCGGAUCCUCAGGACAGCACCCCUCUUUGCUGUGGCCCUGCUCAGGAAGGGUCCCCCGUUCCCCGGGGUCAUCUCUGCCCCAUCGUGCGCUUGGGCUCUGCCAGGAGAGAGACUCGGGCCUCGGGGUCGGGGGGCCAGGCGGGUGUGGGGCCAGAGCUGGCCGCCCCGGCAGCGCCGAGAGGCGGGGACACGGUGACAGCAGCAGCCGCGGCUCCGCCCGGGGCCGGCCCACGCCGGGGGCUCGGUGCCUGCAGGGCAGCGAGAACCGCUCCUGCACGCGCCCCCGGCCCGCCGCCUUUCCGGGAGGAGCGGCCGUGCGUGCGGCAGGUGCAGCGGCACAACUCGCAGAGCUGCUCUCUUAGGAGAUCUGCCCCACCCCCCAGUACUGGUGGGGAGGGAAUAACAGUCCUGGACUGAGAGGAGAGGACCCCAGAGUCCCAGCACCCCACGGCCGAGACCCCAACUCCAUGGCCAGCCCUGGGAAGCCCGGGGCUGGGGAGGCCCAGGAGGAGGAGGGAGAGGAAGAGGGAGGUUCCGUGGAGCCACAGGCAGAGAUGCUGCAGCAGGCCCAGGAGCUGUUUCUGCUAUGUGACAAGGAAGCCAAGGGCUUCAUCACCCGGAAUGACCUGCAGGGCCUGCAGAGCGACCUGCCGCUCACACCCGAACAGCUAGAGGCUGUGUUUGAAAGUCUGGACCAGGCCCGCACAGGCUUCCUCACCGCUCGGGAGUUCUGCCUUGGCCUGGGGAAGUUCGUGGGGGUGGAGUCGGCUCAGGGUGCACAGCCCACCAUGGCUCCCGAAGAAACCUUUGAGUCUGGCUGGUCAGAAGUGCAAGGCACCGAGGGCUCUCUGGAGGACGAGGAGGAGGAGAGAUUCUGGGCUGAGCUGGAGCAGCUGGGGGUGGCCCGGGUCCUGGGCGAGCAGUGGGCGGUGCGGACGCUCUGGACCCGGCUGCAGCGCGAGCGACCCGAGCUGCUGGGCGCCUUCGAGGAUGUUCUGAUGCGCGCGUCGGCCUGCCUGGAAGAGGCAGCUCGAGAGCGGGACGGCCUGGAGCAGGCGCUGCGGCGGCGGGAAAGCGAGCACGAGAGGGAGGUGCGCUGUCUGUACGAGGAGAUGGAGCAGCAGCUUCGCGAGCAGAGCCGGCGCCUGCGGAGUCAGGAUCUCCCCCGGGAGGAGCAGAGAGGCCGCCUGGAGCUAGAGCUGCAGAGCCGCGAGCAGGAACUGGAACGCGCGGGCCUGCGGCAGCGGGAGUUGGAACAGCAGCUGCAGGCCCGGGCCACCGAGCAGCUGGAGGCGCAGGAGCAGAACGCCCAGCUGUGGCGGGCCAACGAGGCGCUGCGCACCCAGCUGGAGGGGGCGCAGGAGCAGCUCCGCAGACUGGAGGGCGAUGUGCAGAGUCGCCAGGAGCAAACCCAACGGUCACCACCUACCUCCCGCAGAGACAUGGUCGUGGUCUCAAGGAACAUGCAGAAAGAGAAGCACAGCCUCCUGAGGCAACUGGAGCUCCUCAGGGAGCUGAACACGCGGCUACGAGACGAGAGAGAUGCCUGUGAGGCCAGGCGGCUGGGCAGUGGCCGCAGGAAGGCUCUGGCCACGGCCCGCCUGCCAGGGCCGACCUGCUGUUGCUGCUGCUGCUGGGCUCGCCCCCCCAGACGUGGCUCUGGCCACCUUCCCAGCGCCCGCUGACCAGCCCAGAGUGACUCAUUGGGCGUUACUGGAGGAGCUGCCCCUUGAAGGUGACUUGUCAUGGCUGGGGCCUGCCCAUCCAGGAUGUGGGCUCUACCCAGUGGACUGCCUGGCCUGCCUGCCUGCAGGCAUGAAGGAACUAACCCCAGGGGUGGUCAGGGUCUCAUGUGCCCCCAUGCUGGUCCUCAUCCUGUCCCACUGUCCCUAUCCCAUCAAACCUAUGUCUGUCCAGCAGAAAAGCCCCCUCCUCCAAAUAAAGUCCACUGACUGCA